UCUUCUGCAAAUCAACGGAUCUUAUCAUCAAUUGAAUUGAAUCUCCUCCUCCUCCGAUGAGCUCAGCUGCAGCAGCAGCAUACUACUACACCGGAUGCGAACACGACUACGAGCCGCACUUCCUCGAUUCCUGCUCCCUCUGCGGCAGAUCGCUCUGCCAAAACAACGACAUCUUCAUGUACAGAGGGAGCACGCCGUUCUGUAGUCAGGAGUGCAGGCAGGAACAGAUAGAGAUGGAUGAGGCGAUGGAGAAGAAGAAAUGGAAGAGGUCUUCUUCCUCCAAGAGAUCGAGCGCUGCGAGACAGAGCUCCGACGAAUCUGACAUCAAUAAAGCUGUACGCACUGGAGUAGUGGCUGUGGCCUGA